AUUUAGAAGUGAUUUUCACUCCUAAAAAGUGUUGGAAAUAGUUCAACGAUAUCAUCUUGUUGAGACACCGUGGUCAAUUUCUGGGUUUUCCUGCAAAUUCAUGGUAAUGCGAACUUAAAAACCGUUGGGGAAAAUGUUGUGUUAUGAUAAUGGGUCGCAUUCCAAUGACGUCACAAAUAAAAUGGCGCUGCUAUCUACAAAAUGAAACUCUCGACGUCCUGACUCAAGCUCAGAAUUCUGCAUCUAACAUUCGACAUUUCAGUGCAAAAACAGCGUCGAAUAUACCGUGAAUGUGUUAGUGAAUGAUUUUUCUUCUGUUUUUUGUUGUACUUUUGUUGGAAAUAUUGUCAUCGACAUGUCCAAGCGUAAUGGUGAGAUCCCUUUGCCUCAAGGAUGGGAGCUUGGUCGAGAUUACGAUGGCAAAGUGUACUUUAUUGAUCACAACAGCAAGAAAACAACCUGGGUUGAUCCUCGAGACAGGUUAAUAAAGCCCCAAACAUUUGCAGACUGUGUUGGAAAUGAAUUACCUUUAGGUUGGGAAGAAUCAUAUGACUCUCAGGUUGGACCUUUUUACACAAACCACAUAACCCAGACCAAUCAGUUAGAAGACCCUCGGCUAGAAUGGAGGUCUAUACAAGAAGCCAUGCUGAAAGAAUAUCUUCAAACUGCCAAAGAAGACCUUGAAGCCAAGAAAGAGAUCUUGGAUAUAAAACAACAAAGAUUAACUAUUGCACAAGAUGAGUUUCAUCUACUUCGCCAUGCCUACACAGGGCUUGAUGCUUCGCGAACAUCAUUGAAUUCCACAAGCAGUGGGUCAAGCACUAAAUUUGAUCCGGAUUUGUUAAAAGCCGAUGUGGCUUUAGCUAAAAAUAGAGUUGCCCGGUUACGCCGGGAUUUAGAUGUUGCCAGAGCUGAAUUCGCCUACCAGCAACGGGGUAUCGACAUGCUUUCACAAGCUGAAACUAAAUUGUCUUCUUUGCCUUGUGGUUACACAUUGCAAGAAGCACAGGCCAUGAUGGCUGAAUUGCGCAACAUUCAACACUCGCUAUCAAGCGGCGAGAAAGAAAAAGCAGAAUUAAUGGCUUCGUUGUCACGGUUGCGCGACGAUUUAACCCGACUGAAGCCGCUGAACAACGACAUGUCUCCAGAUUUAUCAACGUUAUCCCUUCCACAAGAGAAAUUUAGCACAGCCUCCCAAACAGAUUUAUCAGGCGAAUCAGCUCCAAUUGGAACACGCUUGGCUGAAAUGGCCCGAACUCGUCUUCAGUAUGACGAAGCAAGAAAACAUUUGCAAUAUUUGCAACAGAAAAUGGCAGAACUCGAGGAUAGAAUCGCUCCUGGUCAGAGUGAAUCUGAUAAAGACCGACUUCUGCUCAUUCAGGAGAAAGAACAACUGCUGCGGGAACUGCGCAGCAUCGCACCAAGGUCGCGCUCCAAAACCGAGAUGGAAACGGUUCGAACCAAGAUUCAACGGCUUGAGAAAGAUCUUAGCCAAGCGUUAGAAGCUUCUAAUCGAACUAUAGCCGAUCGACUUAAACUCCACGAAGAAAAACAAAUUUUGUUGCAAUCAAUGAGAUUAGCUUUGCGCAACGUAGCACUUUUAGAAGGGCAGCUCCGUUCACUGUCUGCCAGCACAUUAAGCAUGUCAAGUAGUUCGAGUUUAGGAUCUCUUUCGACUUCAUCUAGGAGCCAUGCAUCGUCCAAGGGCUCUUUAUCAUCUGUGUUAUCGUUUACUGAUAUCUAUGGACCCCCACAAUACUCCGCCAUGGCUAAUGCGGCCUUGCCUGGUCAUGCCAAUACACCUGGAGAAAGCGGAUUAUCUGGCCCACCAGUUGUAAACAUGGCCGACUUACACCGUCGCGUCGAACGACUCCUUGCCAAUCGAGAAAAUAAUAAUAUUAAUUCCAACUCAGUUUCCAUGCAAACGUCCGAACAAGAAGCUAUCUAUGCUAACUUGGUUGCACCACCUAAUUUGCUUAGUUGCAUCAAUUUUGAUCAAGCAGGAAGCACAGUCAGUUACGAACCCAAUUCGUCUGAUUUGCUGUUCAACGGUCCAGCUUUUAAACACCGAUUACCUUCGGAACGGUCGAACGAAUCAGGUGUUUUGAGUGGACUGUCGCCAAUUCCGGAAGCUCAAGGACUUGUAAAUAUGACGUCUGGCAGUGAAGGUACCGAUUGUGGUACAGUUUCAGCUUCGGCUAGUUGCGAGUCGGUGACGGGAGAUAGUGGAGUUUUUGAUGCAUCGUCCAGACGAACUUCAUCUUCGAAUCUCUCUCAUUUAGAAACCGCUCAAGUGAAAGUUGGCCUUAGAUAUGCAUUUGCUGAUGAAUUUCUCCAUGUAACAAUUGAAAGAGCUCGAAAUUUAGUGGCUCUCCUGAUUGAGAACGGCCACAAAGUUUGUAUCAAAGUUACACUGCUCCCUAGCCCAGUAGAAGCAGUAUCAUCUUGUUGCACAAGGUCAAUUACAGAUCUGUCACAAGCUGUGUUUGACGAGAGCUUUCGUUUAGCUGUUGCUUCAACGAAACUCGACACCAAAACGCUACAGAUUUCCGUAUACUCACGACCAGCGACUUCGGAUUCUCAUGAAGAUUGCUUGGGGUGGGCCCAAGUAUCACUGGCGGAUUUUCGGCCUGACACUAACUCUGUCAAGUGGUAUAACAUACUCGCGCUCAGGUGUCUUUCUUCUAGCAGCCAUCCUCUGUCUGGUUCAGCUAGUGAAACUGGAACAGGACUUAAAGAAGAAAGUAGUGACGAGUCAACAAUCGUCUCGUCGCAACCGUCUACCUUAACUCGCAAUCAACGUGGUCCCAUGUCAGAACUAGAAAUAGUUGAGCAGGGGACUGACAGUGAAGACGAAAGUGAAAGUGAGGAUGAAGAAAGUGAAACAGACGAAGAAGAACCAACCGAAGGUGAGAAAAGCGUGAGCCAGGAAAACCUUGUUGACCAAGCGUUGGAGCAAGUUGUGCAAGAUAUUCAAGAAGAAGAUGAAGAGGAGGAAGAAGAAGAACGAGUAUACGCUGUAGAGCCUGUUCAGGUGGCCAACAAAGGGACCAACACGGAGUGUGUAUUUCAACCAGACCGAGGCGCUUUACGAAGACCGUUUGGAGUAGAUGGAUUUCAUCAUCGAGCCAUUUUAGUCAAGCGCUCACAAACGUUUUCACCGAGCGCUGCUGCCAGCCGUGCCGAAUACAUUUGUCGAUUGAAUCGCAGCGACAGUGAUAGCUCCAUGCCACUGUAUCGUCGUGGACCUUUUCAGCGGAACUCAGUCGAAAGGAGGUCUCUUCGUUGGCGAGCUAGCUCGUUGGCAGCCAGUGCAGCAGCGUUGAGUUCAUUUGGGGAGGCCGGUCCCAUGAGAGAAGUACCAGUAACACCCGAUGCACCUGCCAAGACCUCGAGACAUCGAAAAUCCCGCGGACAUCCUGCUACACUACCACCGAGGACAUCUGUAGAUCUGGAGUUGGAUUUGCUAGCUCAGAACAAGCGUCUACAGGAGUUGCAUGAAGAAUUAUCUAAAUUACGUGAAUUAAAGCGUCGCAUGGAAGAUGCUCGGUAUCUUGGCAAUCAAGAUCUCCCUGCAUGGUUGUCGGAAGACGACCGCCUUCAAGCUUUAUUGGAGCAUGCUGAAAAAAGAAAAGAAGAAAAGACUGUUGAAGAACGUAAACUAGAGAAGCUCGUUCGAAGAACCUCCAGAGAAAUCUAUAGACUUCGAAAGAGCAAGGCUGGCAAAGGUCAAAUGGAUGUCAUAUCUUUCAAGGAAAAAAUGGCUUUUUUCACCAAACCGAAUUCGUCGUUUUCCUUUCUUACGCAACCGUUUGAUGACGACGAAGAAUCUUACGUGAUUGCAGCUAAAAACCAAGAGGAACUGAAAGCUACUGGAGAUUUGUUUUGCCAUAAAAACGAAUCUACAGAUGAUGUGCAAAAACCUCGUCUAACUAGUGCUCAAAUCGCCGAACAGAGGUUGGCCCAACUUAGAAGCCACGAAGUCAGGAACUUGACACUCGCUGAACUUCAGCGAUUGCAGCAUUUAACGGGCGACGUUCAUUCACGAAGACUCACUUUGGCUGAAUUGCAAAAGCUUCAGCAACAGGCCCCCAUUGUCGACAGUAGACAUGCGGAACUACUGAAGCCCCGACUUGUGUCUUUUAAAGUCCAAACAGCUCAAGAAUCCCGACCGAUGCCCGAACCAGCAGCCGAGAACGUAACACGUAAAAUCGAGUUUGAUUAUGACUUGGAGUUAGGGGUUGAGGUUUAAGU